AUGAGUGAAGUCAACCUCAACUGGGUAGACGAGCGCCAACUGCAGCGCUUAGACGAAAUGCUGAUCGUUGUUGAUGAAAAUGACAAGGUUAUUAGUGCAGACACCAAGAGAAAUUGCCAUCUGAAUGAAAACAUUGAGAAAGGCCUGUUGCACCGAGCCUUCAGCGUCGUCCUCUUCAACACGGAGAAUCAACUCCUAAUACAGCAGAGGUCAGACACCAAAGUCACUUUUCCUGGGUAUUUCACUGACUCCUGCUCCGGUCACCCCCUGAGCAAUCCUGCAGAGCUGGAGGAGAAAGACGCCCUGGGAGUGAGGCGCGCGGCCCACAGGCACCUGCAGGCUGAGCUGGGCAUUCCCCCAGAGCAGGUACCCCUGCGACCCAGGAAGGGCAAAGCUGAGCCUGAGGACAUUGUAUUUAUGACCAUAUAUCAUCAUAAAGCCAAAUCAGAUCGAAUUUGGGGAGAACAUGAAAUCUGUUAUCUUCUGCUUGUGAGAAAGGAUGUUACUGUCGAUCCAGACCCCAGUGAGACAAAAAGCUUCCUCUACCUGACCCAAGAAGAGCUGGAAGAGCUCCUGGAGAGAGGUGCCAGGGGAGAAGUGAGGGUCACCCCAUGGCUGAGAACCAUCGCCGAGCGGUUUCUGUAUAAGUGGUGGCCUCACCUCGACGACUUGGCCCCGUUUGUGGAGCUUCACAAGAUACACAGAGUGUGA